CUUUGAGGCUCAACACAGCGCUGCUGGUCUCAAAAUUGACUCAAAUAUCAGGAGCGGAGACACAAUGGAGGAGAGCAGGGAGCAGACACACUGCUGAUACACUUAUCUGUGUGUUACACACCGUGCAGAGGACAAACAGCGGAGAUUACAAAGAGUCUGGAUAGUUUUGUUUCAUCGCUUUUUUUUUUUAACUGUUUCUGCCUUUGAAAAAGAUUCAGACAUUUGGCUGCAUCACCGCAGAGGUCAUCAUGCCUCCCACCACCCCAUACGCCGGAAAGUUCAGCUCUUGCGCUCCUUACGGCAACAACAAUAACCACCCUCAGCCUUGCAGCCCAUACCGCAAUGGCACCGCCCCAAAGCCCGCGAAGGAAAACGUCUACAACGGUGCCUACACGUCCGCGGAGAACCCCUACGACAUACUGCAGCCUCACAGUUCGUAUCGGAGCUCAUCGGUCUCCUCUGUGACUGCCAAGGAGCACCACUACAGCAGCAGCUGCGCGGUUUCAGAGAACCCGUACUCCUCACCGCAGCCUCACAGCCCUCGGCAGCACAGCACUUCCUGUCCUGGACGUGCGUACCGUCACACCAGCAGCAGCAGCGGCAGCGAGCAGUCGUCUCGUAACAACUCUGUGGUGGCGAAAGGCCGACGUUACGGACAUGGCGUCACUGCUAGCUACGGGGAGAUGUGUUACCAUGACAACAGUUUGGUUUCAGCAUCGCUUGAGGCGCUGAUCCAGCACCUGGUUCCCACAGUUGACUACUACCCUGAUAGGUCGUAUGUUUUCACCUUCCUGCUGAGUUCACGCCUCUUUCUGCACCCCUACGAGCUCAUGACGAGGGUUUGUCACCUGUGUGUGGAGCAGCAGCGGUCUGGAGACGCCCUGCUGGAUAAGAUCCGAUUCCGUGAGGUGGCACCUAAGCUGGUGCAACUGCUGACCGAGUGGACGGAGACCUUUCCAUAUGACUUCAGGGAUGAGAGGAUGAUGCGCUGCCUCAAGGACAUGACACACCAUGUGGCCCGAGGGGAUGAGUACUCUUGGCGAGCCAUGCAGCAGAUGACCCAGCGACUCAUCAAACGGCUAUCCGCCCUCGGCCAGUACGAGGAGGCCGUCGCCGCUCUCAACGCCGUGGCACUGGAGCGGCCCGCUUCCCUGAAAAGCAAACAGGCCUCGGGCCAGCGCAGUGACGUAAUGAGCGUGUGCGACGACCCCUUCAUCCUGGCCCAGCAGCUCACACACAUUGAACUGGACAGACUGAGUUUUAUUGGUCCUGAAGAGUUCAUCCAGACGUUCGCCAUGAAGGAUCCUCUGGAGAACCAUAAGGGUUUCUUCCGGAAGCGUAAAACCAGUAACCUGGAGGCCUACGUCAACUGGUUCAACAGACUGAGUUACCUGGUCGCCACUGAGAUCUGUAUGCCAGUGAAGAAGAAGCACCGAGCACGGAUCAUAGAGUUCUUCAUUGAUGUGGCUCAGGAGUGUUUCAACAUCGGCAACUUCAACUCCCUUAUGGCCAUCAUCACUGGGAUGAACAUGAGUCCUGUCGCCAGGCUAAAGAAAACCUGGAGUAAAGUCAACACAGACAAGUUUGAAAUCCUGGAGCACCAAAUGGACCCAUCCAGUAACUUCAGCAACUACCGUACUGCGCUCCGCGGCGCCACCCAGAGGUCUGAGACUGCACACAGCAGCCAAGAGAAGAUUGUGAUUCCUUUCUUCAGUCUCCUCAUUAAAGACAUCUACUUCCUGAAUGAAGGCUGUGCCAGCAGGCUGACCAACGGGCACAUCAACUUUGAGAAACUUUGGGAGCUUGCAAAGCAGGUGAGCGAGUUCCUGGUUUGGCGUCAGGUGAUUUGUCCGUUUGAGAGAGACCGCCGCAUCCUCCAGUACCUUGUCACCACACCAGUCUUCAGCGAAGACGAGCUGCACCUGGCCUCGUACGAGAGCGAAGGACCUGAGAACCACAUGGAGAAAGACAGUCGUAGGUCUCUUAGAUCGUCCCUUCUCCAUCGAGAGAAUCGGUCCUAAGAGAGCGACAAUCUCCUCUGCUCUGCAGAGUGUAAAUAAAUGAGGUAUUUUAAAGCUACAGGUUCCUCCGUGUUAUCUCAUCGAUACAUUUUCACAAUUUACAACUCUAGGUCUUGGACAGUGAACGCAGCUGGGCCCAAAAUCUCACAGAUAAACAGAAUAUAUUACAAUAUGUGGGCUUUGAGUUUACAAGGAGCUUGAAUGAUUUAUAAAUCAGAUAGUGGAACAAUCCUUGAUGAAACUGAUCAGGUGCCAAAGGAACUCAAUGCUUCAGUUUUGAAUCACCCUGAAUUGGAUCAGCUGUGUUUCUUCAACGUCACCUCUGUCCAGGACACUUACAAAGAGGACUUCAGGCGACUGCAGAAAAAGUCAGACAUGGAUUUUCUUCAUAUCUCCAGUACCUCCAUCAUGGCGACAACAUAUUGUAGAAGGACUCAUGCUAAGCAAGCAUGAAGGACCAGUUUUGUCUCUAAAUAAGACGGAUGUGGACCUGAUUGGAUAUAUUGCAACAUCAGCAGUGUUUCUCUGCGGACAUCCUGGCUGAGUUCAGACAGGAACCCCAGAGAGAGGAGAGAGAUGCAGUCUGAGAGGAAGAGCAUCGACCUGUAUUAUAAAUAACAGGCUAACAGCUGCUUUUAGAAGUGGUGUUGUCUGCAGUGUUGUCUUGUUGAGUGCUUGGUUGUAAUAAUAUCGUUAGCAAUAACAUCCAACUCAUUUUUCUCUCAGUUUGCACACGGCAUCAAUUUACGGCUAUUUCCAUGUCGUUCAAGCCUUUGAUGUCAUUGAAACACAUAAUACAAGCAGCUACAUAUUCCCUAACACAUUUUACCGACACUGUACUCACCAAUCAUGCUAUUUGGUUCUAAGCAUUUUGUGACGCGUGCACUUUGGUGAUGCAAAAUUGUGCGAGUGUCCGCAGCAUCAUGCUAGUCAUGUAAGUUAAAUCAAAUGCACUUCAGUGGGUAUUGUGUAUUGUAUUAUAGGAUUUGGUGACACCAAUUUUAAGGCGUCUUUCUUUACAGUAUUAAGUUGUAUUUUGUAUCAGAAGUUUAAAAAAUAUGUUUUUCUUUAUGUACUUAAUCUGAGAUCUCACCGUGAGCUUGUUGCUGGUUGGCUGGCUCUGUAUUGGUAAGCUAUUUUUGUUAAAACAACACCAGUUCAUGUAUGAUAAAGGAGUGUUUUGGGUCUGAUGUGUGUGUGUGUGUGUGUGUGUGUGUGUGUGUGUGUCUGUGUGUGCGCAAACAGGGACCUCACCCUCCUCUUCAUCUCAUCGGCGAUGAUAUGAGUGUGUUGUGAUCCUUUAAAAUCUGCCUACGAGCAAACAUGAUGCUAUUAUGUUUUAUAAUAAAGCUCAUUGUAUGUUUCAUA